AUGACUCCCCUUCAGAGAUCCUGCCAGGCUUGCGUCAAAGCCAGGCGCCGCUGCAAUCUCGCCACCCCAUGCUGCGAAAGAUGCUCCACCAAGGGUAUCAAAUGCAGCUACAUCAACCAGCCGGCCCCUGCAACCGUCGAUAUAAGCCAUUCAAGCAUGGUCAAGCCGAAAGGAUUGAGUGAUAUCUCAAAAAGCCAAAACCUAUCGUUCCUUGUUCUUAGUGGGGAACUGGACACUAGCUUACAGAUGCGCAUCCGACAAGUCCUCCAUGAUGGGUACUAUCGAGGAUCUCGACCUCCAAUCACAGCAUUACAUAUCCACGAGUCUGGUAUUGUCAGCAAACCGAUGGAUACUUGUGUCCGUAUCUUUAAUCCUUUGCAUCUUGAAGUCGUGCGCGUUUUCGAUCCAGCCACGCUCCACCGGUUAUCGGACAUUCUGCGAGGCUUCCCAGCAAAGUUUGCAGAGAACAACAAAACAGCCUUCAUCCAUUCUGGUAUAUAUCCAACAUGUCUACCGCAUCAACUCCAGCACGUCCGAGAUCUAUGUUAUAGUUACCAGAUUGGCGGCGAGUAUCUCGCAACCCAUCGCCUCGAUGCUCUACGAUCUACAAUUCGUCGACUACUUCGUUCAGCAACGCGCACUUCCUCAUUCGGAGAGACACUAGCCUAUGCUCAAGCAAUAAGUCUCGCACAAAUCAUCCGCCUUUUAGUCUGCAACGAUACGUCUGAAGAUCAAGUAGAGCGUGACAAUGAAGAUAUGUGGGCGCUUACACAUACGCUUUGGCAGCAUGCGCCCAUACAAUUGCCGAGCACGUUAAGUCCAUGGCAAGCAUGGCUAUUCUCUGAAAGUGUUCGUCGGACUAUUAUGGUAUGCAACAUACUUCUAGCAGUGCAUAGCUCGUUGAAGAGAGGCUAUGCAAUGCAUUCGCUUUGUGUUGAGGCUUUGCCAUUUGAUGUACGGACUCAUCUUUGGGAUGCAGAAACUGAGGAAGAGUGGGAAGUUGGCGCGUCGAGGACCACGAGCCCAUCGUUGGUAACGCUUAGCGACUUCGCGGCCUCCCAACGAGUUGUUAGCUGUGGUUCGAGAUUCGAGAAUCUUUUGGCACAGGCAUUUUAG